ACUUCCCUUCGGCUUGUAAUCAAACACUGAAGUGUGGCACCUGCCAGGUGGAAGUGACUGCUGCCUAUUGGCUGAGAGAACUUAAAACGUGAGCGAUGUGGGCCUCUCCCACUUGCCUGCCCGCUCAAAAGCAUUAGGAGUAGCAGCUGAGAAGUAAAACAAGAAGGAAAUGCUGAAGUAGCGUGGAACUCGCUUUACGGUGCAAAACAGCGGAUCGUUGCAGAACUUAUUCUCAUGGAUAGCCAAUCAUCAGGCGAUUCUGCAAGAAAGAUGGCCUCCGUUGCGUCAUUUAGCCACAAGCAGUGGGCAUCACAGUCACUGAGGGUAACUGCCAAGGAGCUGUCAAUCGUCUCUCCUAGGGGUAAAGACAACACCAUUGCAGAGCGUUUUUCCAAGUACCAGAUGGCAGCAGAUGAGGGCAGUGCAGAGAAAAAGAAAGGGGUGGAAGAAUCUUUAGCCUCGUCCCUUUGCAGCGGGAAUCUGAGCGUUUUAAAGAAACGCUGGGAGCAGCAGCAGCAGCAGCAGCAGCAAGAACUGCUUGGUGUUGGUACCACGCCCUGCACCGGCACCGGCACCAUCCACGAAACCCGCCUCGGUCAAACAGGUGCCAGCCCGAAACCCGCACAGCACCCUGAGACAACACUCGACGCCCCCAAAAAUUACAAGCUUCUACAGGAAGACCGAAAUACUGAGUGUGAGGCACAGACUCAUCAAGGCAAGGAGCAGAUAGAAAUGGAGGCCAAGGGCAGCAGAGAAUCCGAGGAGCAAGAAGAAGCGGUCGUGCCGGAUUCGGAAAGGCCCAGCGUUCCCCUCAACAACCUGAAGAUGAUAUUUGAGAAGGGAGAAGUGGAGAAGGAGUCCAAAGAGCAUUCGAGUCAAGGAAACGGUGCUAGUACAGCAAACAUGGACCAGCUUCUUGGAGAUGGAACUCUUGCCGAGUCGACCCCUCUCCGGGAUAGGAUGGCACUCUACCAAGCUGCCAUAUCCAAACAGGACAUCAGUCCCACAUCAGCCAGUACUGAUCUGCACGAUACUUUCUGCAGCAAACAGAAGGAGAAUGUACCACCAUUCUCCUUGGAUAUGAGUCCAGAUACGGAGUCAAACAGCAGAAAAAGCCUUAGUGCAGAGAGCAACGGUUCUGGUCCUGGCAAUGCUGUGUGUUCUCUGGCCAAAACUCCGAGGAAUUUUCGUCUUCCGGUGAGGGAGACUUGCGUGUCCUGUCAGAAGACUGUCUAUCCACUGGAGAGGCUGGUAGCCAAUCAGCAGAUUUUUCACAGCACCUGCUUCCGUUGCUGCCACUGCAACACCAAACUCAGUUUGGUGAAUUACGCCUCCCUGCACAACAAUGUGUACUGCAAGCCGCACUUCUGCCAGCUCUUCAAGGCCAAGGGUAACUAUGAUGAGGGCUUUGGCCACCGGCCCCACAAGGAACUGUGGGAGAGCAAAGGCGAGGGCGGGGAGAUGACAUCACCGCAGGCCAACGUUUAUACCAAGACCCCCUCCCCUGGCUCUGAGCUGGAGAGCCCCAGCGUGGAGGACUCUCCGCUGGCCAAAGUCAAUGUCCUGACUGCUACCAUGGAGGCUUUGGGACAAGGAUCCCCAGAGAAGACUGACAAACCCACUGAGACACGCAGGCUGAAAAUCUCCUGGCCCCCACAAGCAGAAGGUGACACCAGCCAUAAUGGAGAUACGGUGCAUGCCACCAAUGGGGCCACCAAGCCGAUCCGUGCAAAGUGGCCCCCAGAGGACGACUUCUCCUCCUCAGCAUCUGAACAAACUAAAGCUUCCUGCCAGCGGAGAAGCUCCUCCUUGAAGGAGCGUUGCAUGCCCUUCACUGUGGUGGACCAAGCUCCUGCUGUUGCUGCUGAGACCAACAAGAAAGAGUCUCCACCUGCAGUGGACCAAGUGCAGGUAGAGGCGGAGGCCCAGAGCGUUGUCCUGCAGCAUGAUGGACCUACACUGGACAACCACACAUCUGCUGAGGACAUCUUCACUGAUGUGAACAACAGCACUGGAGAGGAUGGUGACGAAGACAUGACUGAGAAGGAUGUAGAAGACAUGGAAGAAAGUGAGGAGAUACUGGAGAAUGAAGGUGAAGACGGGUCAGAGCUUCAUCUUCCCUGUGAGGAGACUGAGGUGGUGCCACCUCAUCAGGAGCAAAUGGAGGAAGAAGAUGGCGGUUUGGAGGAGAUGGCGCCUCCCACUAAACACGAGACGCCUACUCCCGAGGAAGAAGCUGAGGAGGAGGUGGCGGCGGCCAACAGGUCGCAACAGGAUGUGGGCUUCUGGGAAGGGGAAGUGGAGGAGGUGGAGGAGAAGGAGAAGGAGGAGGCGCUGACUGUGGAGGAAAUCAUCAAGCGAAAUCGCUUCUAUGACGAGGAAGAGGAGGAUGAGGAUUUCUAAAGUUGGCUGCGUUCCAUUCUUUUGACUUUCUUGUUCCCUUGUCGCAGCGUUAAGGUUGAAUGCUGCCGAGCUCUUGAAACUGUGCCUCUUUUCUACAUUCCAAGCCAUUCCAACAUUUUAACUGUCCUUGUGUUCCUAUGUUUUCAUAUUUAAGCCACCCGUAUAAUAAUCAAUAUUGUUGCCUGAAGAUGAGGCCCAAUUCAAAUUAGCCUAAAAUAAAUCCAAACAAUUGGAAAAAUAAGUGCUUUAGUUUUUAAAUCCAAGGAUCACUAAAUGACUAUUUCCACUCAGAAUGUGCAUUUACAAAAUUAUUUUUAAGAUUUGUGACAAUCUGAUGUGAAUGUAGUUUUUAAACCAAGGGUGCAAAUAGCCUUGUUUUGCUACUGUUUAAAUAAAUUGUAAAGAAAA